ACCUAGAUAAGAAUUUGAUUUGCAUGAGAGAGAGAGAGAACUCUCGGCAGCUUGUUUUUGUACAGGGGAUAUUUCAGUGCUUGAUGUUCUUUGUUUGUCGCUGCUUUCUCAUUCUCCUACUUUUUCCUUUUUUCGUUCCACACCUUUUGUCACUUCAGAGUUCAGAGGCAAUACGUUUCGUAUGAUAACUGGUUUUCUGUUAAAAUGGGUUUUUAAAGCAGGAACAGUGUAGUUUUGAAUUCGCGCUCUCUCCGUCUUCCAUUCUUUAUGGGAUCUGCAACUCUGUUUUGUGUUCAACCAAAGAGUGGGGUAGCGGGUCCGUGUUUUUUUUUUUCUUCUAUUAUGUUUUUGGGCUGAAGAUUCAGGAAAAUAGGUAUUCAUUGAGGGGCCAGAUUUUAGUCGGUGGAAUACUGAAGGGAAGGAGUGGGAUUCGUUUGGGAAACAGGGACCACUAAGAUCUGUCAUUUGGAUUGUUCUGUUCCUUCCUAUUUUUGCAUAGAACUUCAUCAUGUCCGAUGGAUUGGAUGCUUAUGUAAACCACAUCCCAUUGCUUUCCUCGACUUAUAGUGGUCUCCCCAACCCACUUUUGAAGCUCAGAAAUCCCAAGCUUUCUAUCUGUGAUUCUGAUGAGUUUGAAACCUCACUUUAUUCCUUUUAGGACAACUAUCAAUUUACUUUUGCAUUUAAGAUUUUCAAGAGGAAGAAAGGGCGCAAAAGCAGCUAGUUCCCUCUCCGAACCAAGUUUUUAGACUUUACGAGGGUAUGGUUCUGAAAUUCUGUCCUUUUAUUUCACAUCGGAGACAACUUUUGACGUCCAUGUGGGUACCCCACGUUUUUAUCAAUUUGCAAAAAGCCCUUUGCUCCUGAUAUGGUCAUUUCACCUUUUCCUUUGUGGAGACAAUCAUUCCCUCGUUUCCCACUCAAAAUGCAAAAGGGCCAGAUAUUUGAUGGUUGAAGUGAAUUUACUGGGUUUAUGAUGCUUGUUUGCACAUGGGCAUUAUAGUUUCUGGUACUGGAAGCCAAGGUUUCUCGGGGAUUUCAGUUUGUGCGUUAAGUGAUAAAUGCCAAACCCCCUUAUCACAUGAUGCCUACCUCACCAGUUGUGGAAUCUGCCUUGACCCAGAAUGGUUCUCUCUCUACACCAUCGGGUUAUACUGAGAGUUGUUGUGAUGCAGAAAUACAUCUCGCUAAUGUGGAUGAAAUUCGGAGUGAUAACUUGUCCUUAGAGGAGAGCAAUCUUGCAGAUGAGGAUGGAAGUCUUGGAUCAUGCACUAAAAGCAAUAAUGAUUAUCCUUCCAGGUUUCAGCUUGAACAAGACGUACAAAGAUUACAGCAGCAGUUACAAGAAGAGAUGGAACUACAUGCUAUCCUGGAAAAAGCUAUUGAGAAGAAUGCUUCGAAAUUCUCAAGUUUGUUGAGUCUCCCUCAUCAGGCUCAGGAGCUCCUAUCCAAUAUUGCAUUAUUGGAGGUCAACGUUUCAAAACUUGAACAAGAGAUGGUCUCUUUGCAUUUUCAACUUAGCCAAGAGAGAAAUGAACGGAGGCUUGCAGAAUAUCGUUUGAGGCAUUGGACAUCUCAGUCAACAUCUCUUUGCUCGUCUGGCAUUAUGGAUACUUUGAGUUCACCUUUGAAGUGUUCAGAAGCUUCUGUUUCUGAAGUCAGUGAUUCCUCUGAAUAUAGCACCUGCCAGGAGCUGAGAGAUCAACCAUUAGAAUCUACUAACAAAUGUACAGAGUCGUUAAUAGAGAAUGUAGUGGACUCAAGUGCACUUUGCCUUGACAAGAAAAUGUCUAUGAAAAUGGAUUUCAAAGCCUGUCGACCUGUAGACCUCACGAAGCUUCCUAAAGGGAUGCCACCAGAUGGUCUUUGGGAUCACCCUAAUCAAUUAUCUGAAGAGAUGGUGAGAUGUAUGAAAAGUAUAUUCAUGUCCCUGGCAGAUUCUGUAAUACCAUCCAAAUCAUCUGCAUUAGAGAUCCACUGCUCACCUCUGUCACCACGUGGAACAUCGCCACGCGGUCAUCUUUCUGGUUCAUCGUGGUGGUCCUCAUCUGAAAGGUCAAUCAUUUCAUCAUGGGUGCAGAGCCCACAAAUUGAUAUACAGAAUAACUCUGAGGUGUUGGCUUCAGAGAAUGCCUGUGAUCCCUAUUGGGUGCGGGGGAAACUAAGUUGGGCUGAGAUUGGAAUCUAUGGACUAGCAACUGAAGUUUCUUGGAUGUCAGUUGGGAAGAAGCAAUUAGAAUAUGCUGCAGGGGCACUGAGAAGGUUCAGGGCACUUGUUGAGCAUCUGGCAAAAGUGAAUCCCAUCCAUUUGAGCUGCAACGAGAAGCUUGCUUUCUGGAUCAACCUAUAUAAUGCUCUGAUCAUGCAUGCAUACUUGGCAUAUGGAGUCCCAAGAAGUGACUUGAAGCUCUUCUCUUUGAUGCAAAAGGUAGCAUACACUGUUGGGGGACAUUCUUUCAGUGCAGCUGCUAUUGAGUACGUGAUUCUAAAAAUGAAACCACCACACCAUCGGCCACAAAUUGCUUUGCUUCUUGCCCUUCACAAGCUGAAGUUAUCAGAGGAGCAAGGGAAGUCUGCAGUUGAUACACAUGAACCACUCGUAGUUUUUGCUCUCAGCUGUGGAAUGUACUCUUCACCAGCGGUAAGAAUCUACACUGCUAAGAAUGUGAGGGAAGAGCUUCAAGAAGCACAGCGUGAUUUCAUUCGAGCUUCAGUCGGGAUUAGCAGCAAAGGGAGGUUGUUGGUCCCCAAAAUGCUACAUUGCUUUGCCAAAGCCUUUGUGGAUGAUGCAAAUCUGGCUGUAUGGAUAUUGCAUUACCUUCCGCCUCAUCAGGCUGCCUUUGUUGAACAAUGCAUUUCACAGAGGAGGCAGAGCCUUCUUGGUUCACGCAACUGUGGCAUUAUUCCAUUUGAUUCACGCUUCCGUUACCUAUUCCUGCCGAACAAAGCUCCUCUUUGGUAAUGUAGCAGAGUACCAAGUUUGCACCGAAUUAGAACUGGAUUUCCUUGCCCUGGGAAAGCCAAUACGAGAAUAGUGUCAACUGUAAAUGACGCCGGAAGAAAAAUUACAUUGCAACUCUAUAUGAAGCUUAGCCUCCUCGUGAAGGAUGGUGGCAGUUUUUGUCUUCUGCCUUAUACUCCCAAGUGUGUUGUGCAUUUUGUUCAUGGAUAAAAAGAGUUUACCUACAGUGCUUGUAGGUGAAGAGUUGUACAUUUCCUUGGCCCAAAAGUUCAAAUAAGAACUACAUGUUUCCUUUGCUACUUAUUGUUCGGAAUUAAUCUAGUUGUUCGAGUAAUGUUAUUCAUCA